GCAUGGAGUCUAUCGUGUCCUCCUCCCCGCCGCUAGCAGUAGCCGCUGAUGUAGCCUCCAUAGUCACACGCCGCCCUCACGCGGCACCCUCUUCAGAACUCGCCGCCUCCAUGCUCCCUUCCGACCGCGCGCACGUCUCUUCCGUCCGUUUCGACGCCGUCCUAAAAGAUCAUAUCAAUAAGCUGAUAAAGCUUUGAUGUGCCUGAGCAUCAGAUCUGUUUAUCUAUUAGUUGAGUUCUUCAGAUCAUGGAUGCUGUUGUACACUGUUAUUUCAGAGCCUCAUUGCUCAGAAUAUGGAGAUUAUCUGAUCCUCAUUGUAUUAAUAUAAAGACCCAUGUCAUUUCCUAUGUACGUUAUGAAGGCCCAUGUUAGUUCAACUUCAUGCUACUUGGAAGGAACUACUCCCUGCAUCCUGUAAUGUAGUGUAUUCUAGAGAUUUUUGAGACUAAUUAAGAGGAAAUACAGACACAUAAACUUAAUUUCCUAAUAAGAUGUUACCAUCAGUGUGAUUAAUGGAGUUUGGUUGAUAAAUUGCAAGUACCGAUAUAAUACAUACCAAAUUUGUGCUAUAAUUCAAUGCAAAACUGCCUCUUACCCCCCUAAAACUCCUUACAUUUGGGUACACUUUUCGAAUGCUUGAAUGCACUAGAUUACAGGACCGAGGGAGUAAAUCAUUAUUAUACUCUGUAGAGUAUGUCAUUUUACCUAGUAGUUUCUUUCAUUAUGAAUGUCUGAGUAAUGGCUAUGUGGCUGUUGAUGAAAGGUGCUUCAUUGCUUGAAUUCAAUAUUGGAAGGCUAUCUUUAUUCAUAGUAGGUGCUUGUGGAACUGUUAGUAUUUUUACCAUUUUCUAUGAAUUUUGCUUGCAGAUUUCAUGUGAAGUAGCCUCAUCCACAUAUAUUGUCUUAUUUGAAUGAAGUUCCACUCAAAAAACAAUACUGUUUCGUCAGUCAGGGCUGUUGUGCUUUUCUGACCGAGCUUGUGGCAAGAUUCUGAACGACCUACUGUCUGUUGCUGCUGGUGCUUCCAUAUGUUCCUCUGACGUUCAGAUAUUGAGUAAAGGAGGAUGACAGACACCCUCAUUGUUAAGUUAUUCCCUUAAUUUUAUGUGUACAACGGUACAAAAAAAUCUAGAUUAGGGGUCCGACGUCCCCCUAACAUUAUUAUAUUUAAGAAGAUGGGCCCACCGAAACCUGCCAGGGCCAGACGUCACCCAAGGGAUGCCACACAGCCUCAUUGGUAUUUUUCUACACGAUAUUUAGUUCUAGUAACAUUUAGUUUGUGCCUAUAAUAUUGCUGCACAUGCAUUAUAUUCUAGGCUAAUUUGUAUUUGCAAAUAGAGGGAUCAGUAUGGGCUUUCAAUCUACUUCUUUGUCAGUUUUUCCUGUUUGAGAAAGUAUUCAAGACAAGUUCGAAUUCUAUAUAGACAGGCAGAUAAUAGUUAUGGAAAAGCUUUCGGUAUUAGGUACAACUAGACUUGUUUUGGUAUGGGUGUACCAACAUAUCAUUUUUUUAGAGAGAGAGGUGGACCAAAUGAAUCAACUACAAGUAGGAAUCAACAUGAUUAACAUGUUUCAGACUGACAGGGAGAAGAAGUCUUUUAACUUUAUUGACGUUUUCCAAGACCUGCCUGGCCAAUUAAGCCUCUUAAUAAGGCUGUGUCAAUUGAUCCCUAUCAGCUUAUGUAAUGCCAGAAGAAAAGACAAGAGGCUCUCAAAGGAAGAGAGCACUAUAUUAUAUAGUCAACCAACCAUCACAACUCACCUAACAUAUGUGUGCCUUUACCAAUAAAAGUUGAGUAGGCAAUGCAACAUGGGUGUAUUCAGAACAAUACCUACUAUAUAUGUAUAUGUACUACUUGUCUUGUGCAUUAGUAGUAUUCAGUGCUAGUGAUGCAAUUGAUGUAGACUAUUGGCCUUAACAAACAAUUGUGAUGGCAAACAAAUAUACAAGGAACCUGCAAUAUAUUAAUGUGUUGACUUGUUGCAAGAUUGAUUCAGAACCCAGCUAACUUUUUUUCUUGAAGUUUAACCAGCCAGCUCCAACUUUACAGAUAAUCAAUUAUAUAGUUAACUCAUUAUUACCUGAUUCACCUCUUUCCCAAGUGGCAUAGGAUCUGCAGGCGCCAACUGAUUUCAUAGAACCCCCCCCCCCCCCCCCCAAGGUUAUGGAACAGGAGGCCUUGAAACACAGGUAUACUGGUAGCUUGUCAAUGAUUACUUUGUUGAGACUUGUUAGCAUUGCCAGUUAUCAACUACCCAUCAAUCUUUGUUUUUCUGUAUACUAUACUGUUAAUUUUCUGUAGAAGACGUCCUCUGCACUUGUGAGAAUGGAUGUCAUCUUCAAUUUAAUAGAAAAGUCAAAGGUCUCAAGGCAGCUCAUGCCCAGGCAGUGAGAAGGGACCAACAGGGACCCAAUUGCCUUCCCGCUCAGCCAAGCUUUUAUUGGCACCACUUCUAGGCUCUGAUCUCUUGUAUUCUCUGCUUCUUCUACAGGUCCAUCAUAUUCUUGUUUCAGCCCCAGGUCUUCAGCUUCAAAGCUUCACUCUCCAGACUUAAGGAGUUGCUUUCAGGAUGUUGCCUCUUGAAAAUGAGAUUGACCACUGAAGUUGCUUGAUUUUAUUCUUGCAAGGAGGUUAAGUGAGGGGAAUUAAGGAGAAUUAGGAGAGUUAUGGGAGUUGUGCUUCUGGGUUUCUUGGGCCAGCUAAUCGAACGGCGAGCUUCUCUGCGGUGGAAGCAAGCGGGGAGAGCAUCUUACCGCUGCAGCUAGAGCCUCCUGAACUGUAUUACUUCCUGCUAACUGUAUACAUAAUUCUCCUAGUUUAUUCAUGUACCUUUAUGCAUGAAAUUUUAGCUGGGAUGAGCACACAUAUCAUACAAUUGUUACAAGGCCUGUGUUCUGAUGGUUUAUGGAGGUAUGGUGUCUUCUGGUCAUUCAAAAGUGAGACGAAUGGGUGGAUCUUGACUUGGGGUGAUGGAUAUGUCAAUAAAAUGAUAGAAGACUGGCAAAUGGGAGAUCUAUCUGCUAGCCCCACUGUUCGUAAGAAUCAGACAAUACCUUCUUCGUGGUGCAAGAAAAGCUAUCCAUUUUGCCCCAUUGAGGCAGCACUGAUGAGAAUGCCUAGCCAUUUGUACCCUCUUGGAGAAGGGAUUAUUGGUAAAGUAGCACUUACAGGACAACAUUGCUGGAUUUCUGCCAAUGAGCUUUGUUCAACAGCUAUGCAUAAGUACCAAGAAGACUGGCAGCUGCAGUUUGCAGCGGGAAUCAAGACGGUUCUGCUUGUACCAGUGGUUCCUCACGGGGUUCUUCAGCUGGGCUCUUUAGAUACGGUUUUCGAAAGUGCAGUGUUGGUGGCACUCAUAAAGGACAUGUUUCAUAAGAUUUGUGAUGCUUCGGUUUCUCAUGCUUCUUUAUCCACUGGGUCUGCCUACUCAAAUAAUUUGAGUCUACCAACUGCAACCCUAUCAAUCAAUCAUCCAGAUGUUAACUUGAUAUAUAGUUCUGCUCAGAUCGUGAAUGCUGAUCACCACAGUUUAACACAUCCCUUCAGUACAUCGGAAAUUCCAAUACUAGAAGACAUCACUAUAGGUUCUUACAGAACUAUUCCAACAGGUUGGCCUAAUGGACUGUUGGGCGAUAAUGGCACCAUUGGGCAUGAAUAUUUUGAAGGCUUUUCUCUGACAGAUAUGGCACAUUGGAACCAAGAGAAUACUCAUGGCAGCACUAUUGUUGUAAAUGAUGGUGCAAUGCUUUCGAAUACUUCAAUUCAUUCAGAGUUUCACGGAGAUGUCAUGGUAAUGUCCAGGGAAGAACAUGAGCUCUUCACGUGGCGUUGUAGGCUGAAACAAGAACCUACAAGCCCUGCUCUCCCUCAACUGAAUGACAACAGUGCUGAUCUUUAUGUGCAGCUUGAAACCAACAAUUAUGCGGAAUUGUUACUAGACACAAUAAUCUACCAGACUGGUCAUACAUCAAACAUUGAAUCUGCUCCCUCAGCUGAGUCUCCAAUUUCAUGCAAAACACAAGUUAAAAAAGAUCAUUCAUUGAGGGUCGAUGAAUCGCCAAUUUCUGAUAUCCCAGGUCGUCAAGACCUUUCACCUAUAUCCAUAAAUGAAGGGUUUAUAAGUUGUGCAAUGACUGAUGGACGUGUGGAAAUCAACAAGACCAUACCUGAAGAAUGCUUAGUUGAAAAUACGCACAGGAUAAAUUCAGCUGAAAUCAAAAGAAGAUGCAGAAAAGUUGAGCUCCAGAGACCAAGACCAAGGGACAGGCAAUUAAUUCAAGAUAGGAUGAAGGGGUUGAGGGAGCUUAUUCCAAAUGCAUCAAAGUGCAGCAUUGAUGCUCUACUGGACAAAACCAUAGCAUACAUGCUGUUCCUGCAAAGUGUAUCCGAGAAAGCUGAGAAGAUUCAGAAUACAUUGGAAGACAAGGAAUCCCACGAUGAGACAAAGAAGCAACUUGAAAGGUGCCCACUAAGAGUGGAAGAGCUUAACCAGCCUGGCCAUCUUCUCAUCGAGAUGUUGUGCGAGGACUAUGAAGUCUUUCUUGAGAUGGCACACGUGCUGAAGGGUCUUAAGGUGAGCAUACUGAAAGGAGUGCUGGAGUAUCGUUCCGACAAGUUUUGUGCUCGCUUUGUCAUCGAGGGUUCGGAUGGUUUCAACCAGAUGCAGAUUCUGUGCCCGCUGAUGCAUCUCCUGCGCAGGAGAUGAAGUUUGUGUGUCGUUGAAAUGUUACCGAGACUCUUCUUACUCUCUGUUUGCUUUGGCAUAAAUGUACAGCAAAAUAAUGGAUGGAUGCAUUUUUUUUAGAUCCCAGCGAGACUGGAAUGUUGCUAUAUAUAUAUCCAUAUUCAAUCGUGAACAGCAAACAAUUCAAUCGUGAUUCAGCUUCA